AUGGUUAAUCAACAACAGGGACAAUAUGAGAUAGUGAAAUGUGUAGUGGUGGGAGAUUCAGGGGUAGGAAAGACCUGUUUGAUACGUGCUCUAGCUUGUAAUGCUAAAUAUGAUCUUGCCGAACUUGUUAAAACUCAUGUAGCUACAGUCUGGGCAAUAGACCACUAUCAAAAUGAUCUUGAGGUAUUAGAUAGAUCAUGGUGUGAUGUAGAUGGUGUUAGAGUAUCAUUAAGAUUAUGGGAUACAUUUGGUUACCAUGAUAAACAGAGGGAAUUCUCUUAUAAAGGUGCUGAUGUUAUAGUGCUAUGUUUUAGUACAGUAAAACCAUUAUCAUUAAAGAAUGUACGUAGAGUAUGGUAUCCUGAAAUACGCCGUGUCAUGCCAACAACACCUAUAAUAUUAGUUGGUACUAGAGCUGAUCUUAGAUAUCUUUAUAAUGAUGAAAAAUAUCUUCAAACUCAAAAAGGAUUACUUUAUGUUUAUGAUUAUGUAUAUAUUUUCAGACCUAUUGAAGAAAAAGACCUAAUAACACCAGAAAUAGGACGAGAUGUAGCUAAAGACAUUGGUGCUCCUUAUUAUGAAUCUAGUGUAUUAUCUCAUCAUGGUAUAGAAGAUGUGUUCAUUAACGCUUGUAGAGCUGCCCUCAUAGAGAGACGCAAACUUAAAUUCUGGCAUGCUCAAUUACGUCAUGUUCAGCGACCAUUAAUUCAGUCCCCUAUGAGAAUACCUAAACCAACCAUUGCAGAUGUUAUCAUUCCACCAUCAACAUUAAAUUCAGAUUUACUUCAACUCCUUCAUCAUCAAAUAGAAGGCGAUGUUAUAUUUACUGUUCAAGGCACUUGUAUUCAAGCUCAUAAAAUUUGCUUAAUGUUAACUUGUCCCAUUUUUGAGGAACUUUUUUCUUUAGAUAUUCUUAGACAAUAUCCUACGGGAAAGAAAAACAGACAUUCUCUAAGAUUAUCAUUAUUAGGUACCGGAAACAGUAGUACUGAUAUGGAUAAACUUAUAGAAAGUGAUACGGAAUCGGUUAGCACUGAUGGAGAACUCUCUAGUCAAAGAAUGUCAGGAUUUGAGAAUCUUUUGAACAUUGACAAUGCUAAUGGUAAUUUUCCAGUUAUAACAUCAUAUAAUAAAAAGGCUAUUGACACAGUUGAGCUAAAAUAUUGCGAUGAUCCUUUUAAACCAAGUGAAUCAUAUUUACAGACUGUAGUGACACUUAACAGGGAGAUAACUCCUAGAGCCUUUCAAGUCAUAUUGGAAUAUCUUUAUACUGGAAUGGUUAAAGAAGUUGCUUGUAUAAAUGAGAUUAAACGCGCUGCUGAAAUUUUUGAAAUGACGAACUUGAUUAUUAUCAUAUCAAAUCUUCAGAAAAAUGAAAGUUAUUUGAAUAAAGCUCUUGAAAAAGAAUUCCAUGAAAAGAGACAGUCUAAAAUUCAUGAGCUAGCUCUAGGAUUAGAACUCUUGACAGAUAUAAGAUUUAAAGUUGAUGAUGGUAUAGUAUCAGCUCAUAAACCAUUAUUAAUGGCUAGAUGUGAAAUGAUGCAGGCUAUGUUUAGUGGAGAUUUUAGAGAAUCAGUUGCAGAAGUGGUGCCAUUUCCAGGCGUAUCAAAAUAUACAUUUCAAGCCCUACAGGAAUUUCUGUAUACUGAUGAACCACCAUCUAUGACAGGUGUAGACUUUAUAGAUUUAAUAGGACUAACUAAUCAGAUGUGUUUACCUAGAUUAAUUCGUAUCACAGAGAAUUUUAUUAUCAAUGAAUUAUCUAAAAGUGAAAAGAAUGGUGAAGAUAUUAUUGAAGAAGUUAUGUCACUUUUAGAACCUUGUCAGUUACACAGAGCAAAUCAGUUAGCUAAAUGGUGUUUAAUGUAUCUUUGCUGUCAUUAUAAAGACUUACACCAAAAAUACCAUAAAUUAUAUAAAACUUUAGAGAAAGAAAAUAUUGAUUAUAUAGAAAAACAUCGCUGGCCUCCUGUUUGGUAA